CCGCCGGGCCGCCGUCCUUUCCCGGCAUGCAUCGCGCGGCCUGCGCUAUGGCGGCCGCUGACUGCAAGUCGGACCUGUUCGAUGGCAUCCUGAUGGCGGAGGAGAGAUUUCAUGGCGAAGGGUAUCAAGACGGUUAUGCUGAAGGAAAUCGUAUUGGUGUUACUGAAGGAAGGAUCUAUGGAUCGUUACACGGGGCCAGGAUUGGGUCUGAGAUUGGAAGUUAUCUUGGGUUUGCAUUGACAUGGCAGUGUCUUCUCCACAAAUGCACCAAUGAAAAACACAGUAAAAAACUAAAGGCCUUGGAAUCACUUAUAGGAAUGAUUCAGAAAUUCCCUUAUGAAGACCCCACUUAUGACAAACUUCAAGAAGAUCUGGAGAAAAUUAGAGGAAAAUUUAAACAGGUUAGCUCAAUGCUAAAUAUUCAGCCUGACUUUAGAAUUGGUCUGGAAAGAUCCGUACUUACUUUUUGAGAAUAAAAUGAAGAUAAAAGUGAACAAAGAAGAAAUGUUUUCACAGGUUCACAGAAGUUUCGGGCUGGAAGGGAACUCGUGAGAUCAUCAGGUCCAGCCCCUGUGCUCAAGAACAGAUGUCUGGGGAAUGUCUGUUUUAAACAAAGCAUAGAAUA